CGGGCGCGGGGCCGCCGCCCGCAGCCGCCUCCGCGCGGAGAAGAUGAACAUCUGCAAACCUCCUAACAAGACAGCUCCCGAGAAUCUGGGUGAGGCUGCUGCGGAGCUGCCGGUGCAGCGCGCGCGCAGGAACGGCUGGAGCUGGCCGCCCCAUCCCUUCCAGAUCAUCGCCUGGCUCCUCUACCUCUUCUUCGCCCUCGUUGGCUUCGGCAUUCUGGUCCCUCUUCUGCCUCUCCACUGGCUGCCUGCUGGCUACAUUUGUCCAGGAGUGUGUUUUAUCUACCAUUUAGUCGUUCAUCUUACUGCAGUCUCCAUUGAUCCUGCGGAUGCCAAUGUGCGCAAAAAGAACUACCUGGGGCCCCUGGCCACCUUCAAUCGUAAUCAGCACACACACGUCAUUGAGAAUCGCCAUUGCCAUGUCUGUGAUGUGGACGUGAGUGCCAAGUCAAAGCACUGCGGAACUUGCAACAAGUGUGUGUGUGGCUUUGAUCACCACUGCAAAUGGCUCAACAACUGCGUGGGGAAGAGGAAUUACUGGCUCUUUCUGAAUAGUGUGCUGUCAGCCAUCCUGGGCCUUGGCGUGCUGCUGCUCGUAGCCUUCUACGUCUUUGUGGAGUUCUUCAUCAAUCCCACGAGGCUUCGUUCGGACCAGCAGUUUGAAGUUCUAAAGAACCACACAGACGUCUGGUUUGUGUUUCUUCCUGCAGCUCCUGUUGAGACUCAGGCCCCUGCCAUUUUGGUCUCAGCUGGGAUUUUCAUCCUGCUGAGCCUAAUGACCGUGUUCCUGCUGGGCCACCUCUUGACCUUUCACAUCUAUCUUAUGUGGAACAAGCUGACUACGUACGAGUACAUUCUGCAGCAGCGUCCCCAGCAAGAGCUGAAGGAGGUAGACAAACCACUGGAGUCCUGUCCCUCCCAGCUGAAACCCAGCCAGGAAGCAGACUCUUUUCCAGGUAACCCUGGMUAUACAGACCCUACUGUUCAAGUGGAGGAAUCUCCAGCCAUAACUUCAGGAAAAGACUUUUCAAAGCUCUACGUCCCCAACCAUGAAGCAGGUCCUAAGCAGAGCUUGUCCGCCGACCUCCCGUCUUUCCAGUCUGCAGUCCCUUCUCAGCAACAGAAAAAAAGAAGAAAGAAGAAGAUGCAUAAAGGCCCUUCCUCAGCAAAGGACAGCAGAUCUAAGAGGCAGCCUAGGCCUUGGCCCUCUUUCCCAGAUCCCCAGUCAGAGAGCCCRGCGACAGCUUGUGCCACCUCCACUCCCCACGGCCGCCGCCUCUUGGUGCCCGCUUUCCCUGUGAGAGCCGCUUUUCCUCCUGGCAGUAUCAGCCCCAUCCGAGCAGCCCCUGGUGACCAUCCCUCCGAGUCUGCCGAGGCCACGGCGGAGAUUCCUGUGGCUCAGACCCGCCGUGGGAGCCCACCGCUUCGUAGACCUUCCAAGAGCAGUUCGAGCAGUUCUCAGCGCUCUCCCUCGUCCGCCGGCGAUCCCAGAGGAGACAAGGAGAAGAAUCUCUACGCCGGGCACAAGGUAAAGACGAAAAGCUGGCAGCAGGACAGCAGCCUGGMACAAGGCCUGGAACUUGGUUCUAAGAUGCCCGCUGUGUUUGUAAGUAAGAGCAGUGGAGAGCCCCAUGUCCCCCAGGCCCAGCCUAGUGAGAGUACGUCUGAGCCACACCACAGAAAAUGCACCACCAAGCUGUACGUGGGCAGACAGAAUCCAGGCUUCAAGGACAUAAGGACAAACACCACAGCAGCCUAGUAUUCAGCCUACCAAAGCCAUAACCUUGUGGAACAAGGAAAGAGGUUCUCAUUCUACUUGUUCUCUCCUCCCAGGACUCUUCUUCUCGUUCUACUUGUAUGUCAUUGCUCAAAGAUCUUGACCCUAGUGACUCAUCCUAUUCCCUGCAAUCAGCAGAGCCCCUUUAGUUGAUGCUGUCCCCUUUUCUAGCAGAGCCAGCUGAGAGAGAGGAAAAAUCCUGCAGCAUGGCAAACCUGAGGUGGGUCCCCUGGCAUAUUGCUGAAGCAAAGUGCUUUCCCAAGUAAAAGGCUGCACCCUCCCAGCCCUCUGCAAACUAAUACUGCAGUAAAAUUCAUGGAGAAUGUGUGGGGAGAAACAAAACUCCAUCUCUGCUGUUCCACGGCACCCUUAAAACCAAAUGUCCCAUCUGCCUCCACCCAGGCAGUCUUUGGCUCAUGCUGGGGGAACCUGAGUGGAUGGUCGGGGAGUCACCUCAGAAUUUCUCUGUCCCUUUACCGCUUUCCACUGUGCACUACCAAGCACUUUUGUCAACUCCACCAGCAUGAACUCUGUAAGGCAGCCUAGUUUGUACAAGGCUGCACCUUCCCAGCGCGCUGCGCCCCGCGGCGCAGCUUCCUUAUCAGAAAACCUGGAGCGAGGCAGGUUCUGCCAUCUUUCCAUUUGGGGAAAAGAACCAAAUCAGCAGCGGUUUGCAGCCAGGCUUGGAGUCUGUACUGGCAGAAUGCUCCCACGCGAGACGCAGGGGCACGCAGCCAGAAGCCCAGCGCUGGCCUCGUGGUGGCGAGCAGCGCUUCCACCGGCACCGGCUCCUGCCUCCUUGCUGAGCCCCGAGGCCCAGGCUGCCAGGAAAGCCACGUCGGUGGAGCAGCCGGUGGCAUCAGGAGCCUGGCUAAUCACACAUCCUGACAGGCCUUGCCACCAGCAGGCAUGUGCCUGGCACAAUUUGUCCUUUGGCAGCUGCAGAAGCUGCACAGCCUCCCCAGCGUGGCUGGCACCCCGACCAGCAGCGGCUGCCUUGGCCACUUGCACCAUUUCUGAACAGGUCCCCGUUCGGCUAGUGUUKUGGGAACCCCUACAUGCACCAUCAGGAAAGAGCAAACAGAAGUUUUAAUUGCUCUGCUUAAUUACUCAUGUUUUCCAUGAUGCAUGGACACCGCUGAUUGAGUCUACCCCUUCUUCCAUACUGUCGUGCUUGCAGGUAGGGAAGGACAAGACAAAGCAUGGUCUGAAGUGACUCAUGUUAAGCCUUUCCCUUUCCUAAGCAUGGAGCAGCUCAAUCUGUGAGUAUCCAUCAUGAAAAAGUUUAGAGCAGACCAGGAUAUCUGGGGAAAACCACUUAAAGGGAACAGUCAGCAUAGGGAACAGUCACCCUAAGAAUUCAGACCUGAUCCUAAACUCCCAUUUCCCAGCCAGUGUCCUGCUCAGGGGUCUGCACUUCCCUGUAUUCCCAAAUACUUGCCUUUAUCUUUUCAGAACAGGAUGGUGUUUUGCCUAGUAUUAUUUUGGCAUAGGAUGGGCUUUUGGCCCUAGGCUGAGUUUAUUCUGGAGAGGUCACUUCAGC